GCCUGAACCGCCACAUAAAAUCCCCGGUUCCCCAGGGUGUCAGGUGGAAGUGUCACCGUUACCUUAACCAUUUCUCUCCGCGUCUGAUUGUCUGUCAAUAGACUGCCUUGCAACAGACUGUGUCCUGCACCAUGGGUUUCCAUAACUGGGUGCAUCAAACCAAUCUCGCGGUGGCUCGCAGCCCCGUGGGGAGAUGGUUCCGGUUGGAGAACUCGGGCCAUCCCAAGGAACGUAAGGGUAGUUUCUUCUUCACCGAGAUCCGCGGCGGUCUCGCCACCUUCUUCGCCAUGGCGUACAUCAUCAGUGUCAACUCCACCAUUACCUCCGAGUCCGGCGGGCCUUGCGUCUGUCCCGAGGACAGCAUGUCCGAUCUCUGCGCGACCAACACGGAGUACCUCCUGUGUCUCGAGGAGGUCAACCGGGAUAUGGUCACCGCCACCGCCGCUAUUGCGGCCCUGUCCACCUUCUGCAUGGGCCUGUUCGCAAAUCUACCGGUCGCGCUGGCUCCAGGUAUGGGCCUUAACAGUUAUUUCGCAUACACCGUGGUCGGAUAUCACGGGUCGGGCUUGGUUCCCUACGGAAUCGCCCUGACGGCUGUCUUCGUGGAGGGUUUCGUCUUCUUGGCUUUGACGCUGCUGGGAAUCCGGCAGUGGCUGGCCCGUGCGCUCCCCGCCUCGAUUAAGCUGGCGACCGGCACGGGUAUCGGGCUGUAUCUGACCCUGAUCGGACUGACCUAUAGUGCGGGUAUCGGCCUAGUCACUGGCGGGACCAGUGUCCCCAUCGAUCUGGCAGGAUGCACUGAAAGUCUGAAGGACGCCACGACGGGUGCUUGUCCAUCUUCCGCGGUCAUGCGUAGCCCAACCAUGUGGAUUGGAAUUUUUUGCGGCGGCGUCCUCACCGUGGUGCUGAUGAUGUACCGAGUCAAGGGUGCCAUCAUCAUGGGUAUCCUUCUCGUCUCGAUCAUCUCAUGGCCUCGACCCACCGAUGUUACCUACUUCCCACAUUCCGCGAUCGGAGACAGCCGGUUCGAUUUCUUCAAGAAAGUGGUCACUUUCCAUCCUAUUACGCGCACGCUGGUCGCGCAGGAGUGGGAUAUCAGUAGCCACGGAGCCAAGUUCGGUCUGGCUUUCAUCUCGUUCUUGUAUGUCGAUAUCCUUGACACGACGGGAACGCUGUAUUCGAUGGCGCGCUACGCUGGUACGAUUGACCCGGUCACGCAGGACUUCGAGGGCAGUUCCAUCGCUUAUAUGGUGGAUGCCAUCUCGAUUUCCAUCGGAUCUCUGUUUGGUGUUCCCCCCGUCACCGCUUUCGUGGAGAGUGGAGCAGGCAUCGCAGAGGGAGCCAAGACAGGUCUUGCCUCGUGUGUCACCGGCCUCGCAUUUUUCAUUUCACUCUUCUUCGCACCAUUGCUAGCGAGCAUUCCCCCCUGGGCUACCGGUUGCACGCUGGUCAUCGUGGGUGCGCUCAUGGCGCAGGCGGCCACUCAAAUCAACUGGAAGUACCACGGCGAUGCGAUCCCCGCAUUUUUGACGAUCGCCAUCAUGCCGUUCACGUAUUCGAUCGCGUACGGGUUGAUUGCCGGUAUCUGCAGCUAUAUCACGAUCAACGGAAUCACUUGGGUGCUGGCGAAGGUGACUGGUGGGCGAUUGGUGCCUUCGAACUUGGACGAGAGCGAGCCGUGGACCUGGCGCGUGCCGGGAGGGGUCUUCCCGCCAUGGUUGAAGCGGGCGGCGCGAGGCAAGAAGGACUUCUGGCGCGAAGAUGCCAAGGAUCGAACGAUCGGAGGGGAGGUGGAGGAUGAGCGACAAUCGGUGUCGGUGGUGUCGAACGAGGAGGUGUCGCGGGAGAAGAAGCAGGUCGACGUCACGGGCCAUUCGUUGUAAUCAGCUGACCGGAGUGUCUGAGGCUACAACCAGCCGAGCUGAGCUUCUUGCCAGCCUGAGGCGUCAGGCGUCCAACGCUGGCGGCUACUGAGCCGGGCUGCACUUGCCGACGUCGACUCUCCUCCGUCUGCAGCGGACCCCUUAGUCAACUGUACUGUACAUGAGUACCAUAAUAUCCACAUCACUAAUUGUAUAUUCAUUGAUCUGA